AUGACAAUUGUUGGCACUUUGAUUGUUGUUGUUACGGUUUGCCAAUGGAAAAUCGAUCAAAUGGAUGUGAAGAAUGCUUUCUUGAAUGGUGACCUUCAUGAAGAAGUUUAUAUGAUGCCUCCCCCGGGUGUUCCUCAUCAACUUGGUAAUGAUCAUGAUGUUAUUGAAUCAUUGAAGUCUAAGUUAACACACUCAUUCGUUAUGAAAGAUUUAAGCAUGCUAUGUUAUUUUUUGGGAAUUGAGACCAAUGCUAGAUACUCUCCGUCCGAUGGCACUCCUUUGGAGGAUUAUGGUCUUUAUCGUACCAUUGUUGACAGCUUGGUUUAUCUUAUUGUAACUCGCCCAAACAUUGCGCAUGUAGUUCAUGUGGUUAGUCAGUUUGUCACUGCCCCUACUACAGCUCAUUGGGAUGAUGUUCUUCGUAUUCUCAAGUAUCUUCAUGGCACUCAAUUUCAUAGUCUCAUGUUUCCUUCCACGCCUUCAUUAAAGUUGCGUGCCUACUCUGAUGCGGAUUGGGCUGGUGAUUCUACGGACCGCAAGGCGACCACUGGAUAUUGUAUUUUUAUCGGUGAUUCGCUUAUUUCAUGGAAUAGCAAGAAACAAGAUGUCAUAUGUCGGUCUUCUACAGAAGCUGAGUAUCGUGUCAUGACCUCGUCUACCUGUGAAAUUGUUUGGUUACACAGAUUACUUACUAAUAUGGGUGAGGGAAUCUUGGAGGUCGACGUCCAAUGGGAGGGACGAGAUACACUAGAGACUUGA